GCAUUUCAAAGUAAGAGUUUUUGUGUAUAUUGUUAAACAUCGCCGCCUUCAGAUCGAUUGGAAAUCUAAACCGCGGCUUUUACUUUGAAAUCGGGGUCAUUCCUCCGUGUUUCGUCGCUCCCUGGCGGACCGGGGGAGCGUAUUCCUGUAUGAACGGUCGGCUCCGGGCAGGUACCAGUCCGCCGCGAUGAGGCUCCGUUUGGCCGGAGCCGUGCUGCUGUCGGCGGCCGCAUACUACGUCUACCUGCCGUUACCGAGCGGCGUGAGCGAGCCGUGGAAGCUGAUGCUGCUGGACGCGCUGUUCCGGAGCUUCAUGCAGGCGAGUGACGUGGCUCACGCGCUGGGUGUGUGUCAUCGGGUCCACCUGCUGAACCAGGUGGUGUCGUGGGUGGAGGAGAUCGAGGCUCGCUCCUGCCCCGCCGUGCACGUGACCGACUCCUCGCUGGGCGGCGUCCCCGCCAGAGUCUUCCAGCCGAAGGCGGGGAGGCAGCUGAAAAGGGGAGUCAUAUACUUUCACGGUGGAGGAUGGGCUCUGGGCAGCGGACGGAUGAGAUCAUACGACCUUCUUUGUCGGGAAAUGGCGAAGGACCUGGACGCUGUCGUCAUGUCUGUCGAUUACCGUCUUGCUCCAGAGGCGGUGUUCCCGGAUCAGUACCACGAUGCGUUGGCGGCGUCGCGGGCUUUCCUGUCGGCGCAGGUUUUGGAGCGCUACGGCAUCGAUCCAGAGAGAGUGUGUGUGUCCGGGGACAGCGCCGGGGGAAACCUGGCUGCUGCUGUGGCACAGGAGCUGAGCUCAGACGACUCUCUGACGGCGAAGUUCAAGCUCCAGGCGCUCAUCUACCCCGUGCUGCAGGCGCUCGACUUCUACACCCCGUCCUACCAGCAGAACCGGGCCGUGCCCAUCCUCUACAGGCCCAUCAUGGCUCGUUUCUGGCUGCAGUACCUGGGCGCCGACACCUCCCUGGAGCCGCUCCUGCUCGCCAACAACCACAGCUCCCUGGACCAGCCGGCCAUCAGCGCCAGCACGCGCUCCAAGCUGGACUGGACCGCUCUGCUGCCGGCCGAGCGCAGGAAGGACUUCACGCCGGUUGUGAAGGAGACGGGAUCGCCGGGGGUGAUGGGGGAGGUGCCUGAGCUGGUGGACGUGAGGGCGGCACCGCUGCUGGCGGACCAGGGGGUUCUGGGUAGGACGCCCAAAGCGUACGUGAUGACCUGUGAGUUUGACGUGCUGAGGGAUGACGGGUUGAUGUACGUCAGGCGGCUGCAGGACGCCGGCGUCACGGUGACCAGCGAUCACUACGAGGACGGCUUUCACGGCUGCAUGGUGUUCGCCUUCCUGCCGAUGAUGUCGAGCGUCGGACAGAGGAGCAUGAACAACUACAUCCACUGGCUGGACCAGAAUCUGUAGACAAACCGCUCCAGAUCCUCGGGGACCAGGAGGAGGCGUGUGGCCCCAAAGACGUCCCUGAGCAGAAAGUCUGGUACUUCAGCUCCUUUUUGGACCUGCAGAAAGGAGACGAAUGUGAUCCAUUUUUAAUCUACUGUGUCUGUCAGCAGCAAAACACUAAACAAGACGACAUAUCAGCUGCUUUUUCUGCACAGCAUGAAAACAACAAUUUAAACCUAAAGCUGAUCACAACUUGCUUUUUACCAGCGUGUUUGUGCAGACAAGCGACUGCAAAAAGGACACAAAAUUAUAUUCACGAGGGGGCUUAUCAAGGCCGAAUCAUCCCAAGGCGACGCCUGAAUAUCCUCCUUGAGAACUUCAUCCACAUUCAAAGACGUCUUUAAAAGCAGCUCAGUGUAGCUGAACAUCACCGGGACCACAGAGCCUCUUCACUGAACCCGAAACCAAAACGUUCCCGAUCAAAUGUAACCAAAGAAAGUGACGCUUAUGUCAAAGGCCAUAAGUUCAACCCAAUGUUUUGGAGCAUGGCAGUUUACUAAAGGCUCAUUAUUUUCAAGAAAACCAAAAUCGAUGCAUGUAAAAGAUUUAGUGUGUCUUUGACUGCAGAAUAAAACAUUAUUAAAAUACAAGAGAAACGUGAAAAAACAUACAAGUAUUACUCAAAUGUAAACCUCCAGGAAUGCUGAUGCUAAAAGUGUCAGUGAUUAAAAUACAGUGAAAAAAUCAUUCUUAUUUGCUCAAUUUAGAUUUCCUAAAAUCCUACAAAUGUCCCUAAAGCCUAGAAACAUCCUAAAGUCCUAGAAAAGUGUUGUAAAAUACUAAAA